CCUCAUCUUCCCUUCGGGUAAGUGGGCUGUCCUCCCUCGGUGGCUUGGGCGGAUCUCCCCACAGCUGGGGCAGUGGGGCAGCCGCUGAUGGGGGCUCGCCAUGUCCCGUGCAGAGCCGGCCCAGGCCACCGGCCCCUAUGUGGAGAUCAUCGAGCAGCCCAAGCAGCGGGGCAUGCGCUUCCGCUACAAGUGCGAGGGCCGCUCCGCCGGCAGCAUCCCGGGCGAGAGGAGCACUGACACCACCAAGACCCACCCCACCAUUAAGAUCAAUGGCUACACAGGGCCAGGGACAGUUCGCAUCUCCCUCGUCACCAAGGACCCCCCUCACCGGCCUCACCCUCACGAGCUCGUGGGGAAGGACUGCCGAGAUGGCUUCUAUGAGGCUGAGCUCUGCCCGGACCGCUGCAUCCACAGCUUCCAGAACCUGGGGAUCCAGUGCGUGAAGAAGCGGGACCUGGAGCAGGCCAUCAGUCAGCGCAUCCAGACCAACAACAACCCCUUCCAAGUUCCCAUAGAGGAGCAGCGUGGGGACUACGACCUCAAUGCCGUGCGGCUCUGCUUCCAGGUGACAGUGCGCGACCCAUCAGGCAGGCCCCUCCGCCUGCCGCCUGUCCUCUCUCAUCCCAUCUUUGACAACCGCGCCCCUAACACUGCCGAGCUCAAGAUCUGCAGAGUGAACCGAAACUCCGGGAGCUGUCUCGGCGGGGAUGAGAUCUUCCUGCUGUGUGACAAGGUGCAGAAAGAGGACAUUGAGGUGUGUUUCACGGGACCAGGCUGGGAGGCCCGAGGCUCCUUCUCACAAGCUGAUGUGCACCGGCAAGUGGCCAUCGUGUUCCGGACGCCCCCCUAUGCAGAUCCCAGCCUGCAGGCUCCCGUGCGCGUCUCCAUGCAGCUGCGGCGGCCUUCCGACCGGGAGCUCAGUGAGCCCAUGGAAUUCCAGUACCUGCCAGACACAGAUGAUCGUCACCGGAUUGAGGAGAAACGCAAGAGGACAUAUGAGACCUUCAAGAGCAUCAUGAAAAAGAGCCCUUUCAAUGGACCCACGGACCCCCGGCCUCCACCCCGGCGCAUUGCUGUGCCCUCCCGCAGCUCGGCUUCCGUCCCCAAGCCAGCCCCCCAGCCCUACACCUUUACGCCGUCCCUCAGCACCAUCAACUUUGAGGAGUUUUCCCCCAUGAUCUUUUCUUCUGGGCAGAUCCCAAGCCAGGCCCCGGCCCCAGUCCUGGCCCAGCCCCCAGCUCCUGCCCCAGCCAUGGCAUCAGCUCUAGCCCAGGCCCCAGCCCCUGUCCCAGUCCUAGCCCCGAGCCCUGCUCAGGCUGUGGGCCCGCCAGCCCCCAAGACCAGCCAGGCCGGGGAAGGAACGCUGACGGAAGCCCUGCUACAGCUGCAGUUUGAUGCUGACGAAGACCUGGGUGCUCUGCUUGGCAACAGCACCGACCCAGCCGUGUUCACAGACCUGGCAUCCGUUGACAACUCUGAGUUUCAGCAGCUGCUGAACCAGGGUGUGUCUAUGGCCCCCCACGCAGCCGAGCCCAUGCUGAUGGAGUACCCUGAGGCUAUAACUCGCCUGGUAACAGGGUCCCAGAGGCCCCCCGACCCAGCUCCCGCCCCGCUGGGUGCCUCGGGGCUUGCCAACGGCCUCCUCUCAGGGGAUGAAGACUUCUCCUCCAUCGCAGAUAUGGACUUCUCAGCCCUGCUAAGUCAGAUCAGCUCCUAAGGGGGGUGACAGUGCCCUGUCUGGAGCACUGGGGCUGCAGGGGACUGAACCCCUCCCAAGGCACUUACGGAUCCCGGGGUGCAUGCUCCUACUGCCCCAGCUCCGUUGGGCGAUGUCUUCUGGGGGGCACAUUUUAUUCUUUUAUCAGCAGUGUCUGUCUGUCUCUCUUUUUGGAGGUGCUUAAGCAGAAGCAUUAACUUCUUUGGAGAAGGGGGAGCUGGAAGGACUCAAACUCUUCUCCUGUCUUGAUGUUCUACUCCCUUCUCUCUGUAGAGAGCUCUGGGGGCCCCCCUGCCUACCCUCCAGCGUCUAGCACUCCACUAGAGAGAAGGGCAGACGGGCUGUGGCCUUCUUAUCAAGUAUCUUUCCCAAACCAUGGAUUUCCUUCACACCUUGAGCCAAAAUGAUGCCCUGCUACCAGCCCCUCUACGGCGCCAGUAUUGUCCUUGUACCUAACACCAGCGUUUGAGGCCGUGGCCUUCCUGCCAUGCAGAAGUUCUGCCAGCCCUUUCCUUGCUCCGUUGUGGCUGAAGAGAACUGAUGGGACAGCGCUGGUCCUCUCCAGGAUCCAGAGGGGGUUUGGUCUGAGAUGACCUCGUUCGCCAUUUUCUCAAGUGCCUUAAUCGUAGGGCAAGUGAUGUGGAGGAUGGGGGAGGGCAGGCUGGCGGCUCUCCAGUCAAGAGGCACAGUUUCUACUGAAAAACCAAAGCCGUUGGGCUUCUUGCUCUUUCUACUCUGAACUAAUAAACUUGCUGCCAAGCUG